UAUAAUGUGAUAUAGCGGGGGAGGGGGCGGGGCUCUACAUAACCCGGAUGAGGCUGAGCUUCCGGGGUCUGUAGCUGGAGAGGAGGAAGAGCGGGAUCAGCUGAACCUCAGAAGGAAAAAGCUUUGGACAUCAUCUGUCGUGAUGAAGAACAAAUCAAGCAUCGGCAAUGUGAUUCGAACCAAUGUGUGUCGUUUUUUCGGCACACGCCUCAAAGCUUCAGAUUAAAGGAAAUUAAAAUAUUUUCCUGAAAUUCAUCACCAACAACCAGGAUAUUUAACUAAGAGCAAAGUUAAACUGCUGAAAGAGGUGAAGCAGAAGCCGUCCUGAAGAAUCUCCAGAACACGCAGAAAUUGUUUGCUACAUUUAAAAGACAAAUGAAGCCAAGUCCCGACAUGGAGAAACAUCAGCACUCUGUCAAGAGUUUUACUAAACAGAGUAAUCUGAAAAAACACCAGCGCAUUCACACAGGAGAGAAACCAUAUCACUGCUCAGACUGUGGGAAGAGUUUUAAUAGACUGGAGACUCUAAAACUGCAUCAGCGCAUUCACACAGGAGAGAAACCGUAUCACUGCUCAGACUGUGGGAAGAGUUUUAAUCAUCAGAGUAAUCUCAAAAGUCACCAGCGCAUUCACACAGGAGAGAAACCGUAUCACUGCUCAGACUGUGGGAGGAGUUUUAAUCAACAGAGUCAUCUCAAAAAACACCAGCGCAUUCACACAGGAGUGAAACCAUUUCACUGCUCAGACUGUAGGAAGAGUUUUAUUACACAGAGUAAACUUAAAAUACAUCAGCGCAUUCACACAGGAGAGAAACCUUAUUACUGCUCAGACUGUGGGAAGAGCUUUAAUCGACUGGAGACUGUCAAACGGCAUCAGCGCAUUCACACAGGAGAGAAACUGCAUCACUGCUCAGACUGUGGGAAGAGUUUUACUGAACAGAGUGCUCUCAAAAUACACCAGCGCAUUCACACAGGAGAGAAACCGUAUCACUGCUCAGACUGUGGGAAGAGUUUUACUAUACAGAGUAAUCUCAAAAAUCACCAGCGCAUUCACACAGGAGAGAAACCGUAUCACUGCUCAGACUGUGGGAAGAGUUUUACUGAACAGAGUGCUCUCAAAAUACACCAGCGCAUUCACACAGGAGAGAAACCAUAUCACUGCUCAGACUGUGGGAAGAGUUUUACUAUACAGAGUAAUCUCAAAAAUCACCAGCGCAUUCACACAGGAGAGAAAUCGUAUUACUGCUCAGACUGUGGGAAGAGUUUUAAUCAACAGAGUACUCUCAAAAAACACCAGCACAUUCACACAGGAGAGAAAAAUUUCCCAAAUUUGUCCCAUGGCAAUUAAAAGCGCAAAUCAUAAAUUCCACCAGAAACAAAUAUGAACUGUAUUUAACAAUGGAUUUUACAGGUUCAGCAAAACUAUUCUUAUCCAGGGAUGAUGUGUAUAGAAUUCCAUGUUAUGUUUGUAUGUCUUGUAAGUUUGAAUAUUCCAGGACAUUCUUUGUGAGACAGAGCUCAGUUUUUAGGUUAGUUACUGUUGCGCAGUAAGGUUACAGGCUCAUUCACUCCCUCUGCUGGUGUUCUUGUUUGUCUAUGGUUCAGUCCAAUUAAAAAUCUGUUACUAUAGAGGGAUAUAGAGGGAUAUUUGGUUGUGUUGUAUUACUCAAGUUUUAUACUCUCUUAUCUUUUCCUUAUUGAAUAUUAAAUGUUGCUUAUGGUUUUUUUAAUCUCCAAAGUUACUAAGAAUAUCCAAAUAAUGUCGUUUCUUAAUUGUUUUUAUCCAGUACAAACUAUUAUCUUUGUAUUACUUCACCUCUAUAUUUACCCAUGUGUGUUUUAAUAAACGGCUUUUAUAUUGCA